CCCAGGUCUAGGUGACCCGUUCCCUACACCAUGGGCACCUACCUAAAUGGGUAGAAUGCCGAAAGUGUGGACCGUGCGACCACGUCGGAACGAAUUUUUAUCUACAAAUAAAACAAUGGAAUACAGUAUGAAUCAGACGGUCUAGAUUCUUGGUGACGCUAUCUUGCGGGGUAUGCUUGAAUAAGUCAAGACAUAAGUGGCUAUCCCUGGGGCUGGUCUCGGAGUUUACCGUCAAUAACAACAUCGAAUUCCGAUCUAGAGUAGAUUACCAUUUCUCUCAUACCUGCUUCAUCUCUCAUCUUUUGCUAAAAUCGAAGAGAAUGUACGAAAAGGGGGAGCUUCUGCCUCACUCGAGGACUACGGUCCCUCAUUCCCGCCCGAGACUACUCUGGGUGUUAGUUCAGGUCGCGGCAAUAUGUGGAUUGUUAAAAUUCUCGUUUGACGUGAUCUUUUCUCCCCGCCUGAAGCAUCGCGAGCCCGAGCUUGUAGCAAAAUGUCAACAAGUGGAGCCUCUUUUCCCAGGUCAAGGGAGUCCCGAACUCUCCAAGAUGGAUGAAUACAUAGCUUCAUCCAAAUUCUUAAAUUCGACAGUGGGUCGCAUGGCCGGGGCGAUCCAGAUCCCUACUCAGUCAUACGACGAUUUAGGACCAGUAGGGGAAGAUAAGCGAUGGGAAGUCAUGUUCAAGCUUGCCGCGUAUUUGGAGAAGACAUUCCCACUUAUUCAUACCACAUUGACUCUUGAUAAAAUCAAUACCCAUGGCUUGCUAUAUACCUGGCAAGGAUCCAACGAGAAAUUAAAGCCAACAGUCUUGAUGGCCCAUCAAGAUACAGUUCCCGUGCCCGAGUCGACAAUCGACCAGUGGACGCACCCUCCCUUUAGUGGAUACUUUGAUGGCCACUAUAUUUGGGGCCGAGGUUCAAUGGACUGCAAGAAUAAUCUAAUCGGCAUUCUGGAAGCUGUUGAAUUGCUCAUAGACGCCGGUUUUAAGCCGGAGAGAACCUUGGUUUUAUCUUUCGGAUUCGACGAAGAGAUCUCUGGGGGAGAAGGCGCUGCGCAUCUCGCUAAGGAACUAGUCGACCGCUACGGAAAGGAUGGUGCCGCAGUCUUGAUUGACGAAGGAGCUGGUACGUCGACUGUCUGGGGCUCCACAUUUGCGAUUCCUGGAGUCAGCGAGAAGGGUUAUAUAGAUGUUGAGAUCGUUAUCCGCAUGCCUGGUGGCCAUUCGUCAAUUCCACCGGCCCACAAUGGUAUUGGGGUUAUGGCAGAACUCAUCACCUUGAUCGAGGCAAAUCCUUACGAACCACGUCUGCACGCCAACAAUCCCUUCCUUGGUCUUCUUGAAUGUGGCGCUUCUCAUAGCCCAGAGUUCCCGUCCAAGCUGAAGAAACUUCUACCGUCUCACAAUACGCAAACGUGCUCGAAAAAGGACAAACUUGCUUUAGAGGCAGCAAAGGCGGGGGAUGACGUCAAAUACCUGUUUACAACCUCGAUAGCACCCGAUAUCAUUAGCGGAGGUGCAAAGAGCAACGCCCUCCCCGAACGGACUACGGUCAUCAUUAACCAUCGAGUUAAUGUUGGCGAAAGCCCCUCCGACGUCAAAGUGAGACUUGCAAAGUUAGCCGAACAAGUGGCCCAGAAGCACAAUCUUACUGUACAUGCAUUCAACGAUGAACCGGAGACACCCCGGUCUAUCAAACUCAACGGGGAAAAUCGUGUGUUGGAGCCAGCACCAGUAACUCCAACCUCGGUGGAUGGGGUCACCCCGUAUGCGGUGCUCUCCGGAACCAGUAGAGCUCUGUAUGGCGAGAAACUUCUAGUGGCGCCAGGAAUCAUGACGGGGAAUACCGACACGAGAUAUUAUUGGGAUUUAACCCGACACAUUUUUCGCUAUGAACCUGGUUGGGAUCCGGAACAGGAAGGUUUUGAAGGCAUACAUACGGUAGACGAGAAAGUUAGUGUUCUUGGUCACAUCAAAAGCGUUCAGUGGUAUUCCUUUUUCAUCAGGAACAUGGACGAAGUAGACUUGGAAUAAACCAAAACACAGUAGGGGCAAUGGAAAAUAAAUGUAUCUCAGGUAUUAUUUCGAAAUAUAAAUGGGUACCUACCUACCUAUCUAUGGGGUAUGCAUGCACGAUUUAUUGCUAAGGUUAAUAUUAGACAUGCCUCAUCCAAGGGUUUACCUCGCUGCGAAUCAUAAUCUUUACUAAAUGAUUAUUCU